UUUAUCUUUGGAAGUCAACUAAAUUGGACACCAACUAUCUUAUCUUAUUAGCUUUCUCUUGCUGCCUUUAGCCGGUUUAUGAUAAGAGUCUUAUAUAUUACUGCACACAUUUGAAAAUUAUUUGAGUUGAUACUUAGGCGCUACCGUGAAUAAAGAUUUGAAAUGGUGCUUGUGACGCACAGCGUCGCUGUGCUAUUGGCCUUAAUCGUAGUCAGUAGGGCUGAUGUUACCACGGUAACCACGCAACACGCAGCAGCUCCCUCUGUGACCAUCCACCCGACAGCAGCUCCCUCUGUGACCAACCACCCAACCGCAGCUCCCUCUGUGACCAACCAACAAACAGCAGCUCCGUCUGUGACCAACCACCCGACAGCAGCUCCAUCUGUGACCAACCACCCGACAGCAGCUCCGUCUGUAACCACCCACCCUACCACUGCGGCACCAAAGGCAAGCGUUGUGACCACGCAUCACACAGCCGCUCCCCCGACCACCGCUCAUGGCACAGGCCAAGUCCACACCACAGCGCAUACUGCUGCGCCGGCUACACAGUCUUCAAUGCAGAAUAUCGAACACCUUUUAAACAGUCUUCAGAAGGAGAUGACUGACUUCAAGGCGUUCAUGAAACAGACGAUGAGUGGUCUGGCAAGGCAAAUGAUUCUACAGCAGUUCUUUGUCGAAGAACGAAUUCGUUCAGAGGGCGGUUCGGGAAUAAAACAGGUUCGAAACUAUAUGGCCGGAUCGAAACCUUACCAUUCGCAUACACACAGUUCAAGCUUGGCUGCCUCAGUGCAUGAACAUGCAAACUAUGAUCGCACGGUUGGGCUGGGAGAAUUCAACGCGGUUCUAAAUGGUGUCGAUUUCCGCACACGACACAAUGACUACCGCCUAUCGAUGCCUCACCGGACUAGAAAGGACUAUGACAUGACAGAAGAGAUUCCAUUCCCAGACGUGCCCCCAUCUGUUCUUAGUAAGCACACGAUGGCAGAGCAAAUAGCGGAGAUGAGAGAGUACUUCAAAGCGUUCCACUACCAGGAUUGGCAUAUUCGAGAUUACAGGCCCUACUUUAAACCGGUCAUGUGCUACCUGGAGGGAGCCUGGACGACCGACACAAGGUCGCUGAUCGAGCCAUUUCAUAGUGAUCGCCAUUUCAUUGACGCUACAAGCUGGUUUGAUCUUCAGGAAAAGAUUCGCUUUAUGUCCUCUUCUGGAGCCAAGAAUCUUAAUGAAAAUUACUCAUAUCUUCCAACGACUAUUAUCAACGUAACAGAGAAUGGCGAGCCAAUCUAUGCCCAGUGGAACUACAGGAUAGUGUGUCAUCCAAUCACAAGCGCCCUUAAUCUUCAAGACUUUGAACCAAUCGAUGAUCUUGCUGUACGAAUGUUAAACAACUACAACAUGAGUGAAUACUCUAACAGCAAAGCUACGAGAUUUUCCUUAGCUCCAUACGGCGGCGGUCAUUACCAAAAGGAGUCGCAGUCGGGUACGUAUGAGUCACGACGCUACUUACAUGGGCUCAUGGAUAAAAUCAUGUAUGAAAUUCCAGGCAAAGACAACUACAUGGGCUACAUCGAAGACAAGGCUUUUGGGCUUUUAAAACUUCAAGUAGAUAAAACGAACGAAACUCUUAACGUCGCUAGGUACAGUCGCCACUACAAGUACAAUCAACCAAGUGCCAUGGGAACGACAGUUGCAAACAGAGGAUUCUCCGAUCCAAGCAUGUAUGUAGCGGAGACUUCUAAUCCCCGGAUCGCCAAGAUAAGCGUCACCACAGAUUGCAACAAAGUCAACGGGACAAAUGUCUGCAAUACCUAUGAAGGACGUCAUACCUAUGCAAUUCCUCUUGAAGUCAUUUGGUUGACGCCACUACAAAAAUGGAACCCGUACAACUUGACAUAUCAAAAUAAUGCUGCCGCACCUGGCCUUAACAGACGAACCGGUGGCUUUUCAAAACAAACUGCAUACAAUGGGACAUCAAAACAAUUCUAUUACAUCACCCCAGUGGAUUUCUUCAUUGGUGGCGCUACGGGUCGCGACCCGGCAGAUACUGCCAAGGACAGCGUUGGAGUAUUGGACGAACAUGGCAAUGUCUGCAACGUCACAGCAUCCGGCAUUCGAAUCUUCACUCCAAACAUCCCGGGGGUGGGAAAAGUUCGAAUCCGAUACCCCGUCUUCCCUCUUCACCAUGAUGGCAACAUUGUGUUCAAGAACCUAUUAGCGCUACAGGACAUAAGCAUGGAUAUGAAGAAAUGGUCGAGGAUGUUCGAGCAAAAACCGGAAGUCGCCAAUCUGGACGCGCAUCCGGCUGACACUCACUACGUGCUGGCUGAGACCCACAUGAACCCCCCGGGGACCCACCACCACGACUUCUAUCUCACCGCAGAAGAGAUGAAGGCCAUCGCCCGUAACGGCACGGUGGUCAGCGUGUACACAACGGAAAACAACGGCCAUCAACACGCGCUAGAGUUGAUCAUGGACCCCGCACACGCCAACUUCCAACGCCUGAUCGUUAAGAGCUGCGACGGUAAACCCACGUGCUGGGACAGUCAUCCCACCUUGGCCUGGAAAGACAACUGAUCUCGCAUACUGAGAGUUAGACCGUGAUACCCGAUGUAUUUCGUACAUUCAUUGGUCAUUGCAUGGUAUACAAGUUAACAUUACAAAUUAUAUCCAGCAA